UGUCACCGGACAUCAUGAUGAUCAUUGGACUUCUCCUGAAUGUCUUCUCUCAUGGUAGCGUGUUAGCCUCUACAUCCUUAGACUGUCUGGUGGCAGAGCAGGACUGCAUCCAGGAGCAGGCCUGCAUGGUGCUCUACAGGCUGCUAGAGUACUGUGCCGCCGAAGAGGCCGUGUCACCCCUCGGCCCAGACGCCCGCUGGGAGUGCCUGGAGGCCCAGAAUUCCUUGCAGCAGUACCGCCCCCUUCAGGUCUGCAAGUGUCAGCGUGGCUCGCGCAGAGAGGAACACUGCCUCAGGGUGUACUGGACUGUCAGAUUUGCAGCGUAUGAUGAAUACGAAGUGUCACCGUAUGAAGAACUGGAGUUAAACUUAGUGAGAAACCUCGAGAUGUCACGCAUGGCCUCCAUCAUGGCAGCUUCCUCUCUUUCUGGGGAUGGCCAAAACCAGUGUCUGAAGGCAGCCCAGGACUGCGGGCUCUUUGAGAAAUGCGGCUCUCUGCGCUCAGAGUACGUUGUGGCCUGCACCAAGCCAGCCACAGUCUCUGACAACAGCUGUAACCGCCAGAAAUGCCACCGAGCGCUGCGGCGUUUCUUGGAGCGCGUGCCAGAGGAGUACAGCUUCGCCCUGCUCUUCUGCCCCUGCUCGGAAACCCUGUGCGGGGAGCGCCGCAGAAAGACCAUCGUCCCGUCGUGUUCCUAUGAGGAGAAUAUCAGAGGAGAGGAAAGAACGGGCAAACCGAACUGCCUCAGCCUGCAGAUCUACUGCUCCAGGGAUGAGCUGUGUAGAUCUCGGUUUGCUGAUUUCCAACACAACUGCCAGCCCUCCCGUCUCUCUGCCUCUGGCUGUAUGCGAGAGAGCCGAGCCAUGUGCCUGAAGGCCUAUGCUGGACUCAUAGGCACCAUCAUGACCCCCAACUAUGUGAGCAACAGCAGCAUGGAGGUGUCCCAGUGGUGCACCUGUGAAGGCAGUGGGAACGAGUGGCAGGGCUGUCAGCGCAUCCUGGACAUGUUUAGCAACAAUCUCUGUCUGCGCAGUGCCAUCAGCUCCAUGGGAAGCUCCGCACCCCCUCCUGUGGAAAAUACACCCAUGCCAGCCUCCCAACCCUCCCCACGGGUCUACCAGAAGGUCCACGUCAGCGUUAACACUAUCCCUGACUUCAACAGCAUGGAAGACAGCGAGGAAGAGGAAGAGGAAGAGGAGAAGGAGGAGGAGGAAGAGGAAAGCCAGGAGUUUAAUGUCAUCCCACCGUAUUCGGAGAAGGACUCUGACAUGGAAUCGGGGGCUAGAGGGAGUCAGCGGGGGGCGGCGAGCCUCACCGUGCCCAUGCCACCACUACUGCUGUUGCCUGCUCUGACGCUGAGCUGGGAGCGCUGGGGCUUCUGAGGCCUUCAUCCCAUCCUGCGCUCUCUCACUCCACUCCCGCGACCACCUUCACCUCCAUCGCAGCGCUCACGAUCCACCACGGAGGACAAUUGCAAAGAAGAAAUGGAAAUGCUCUCGCUUAACCACGGCUCAUUUCUU